UCUGUUGGCUCAGUCUGCAAAAUUCCAAAUCAACAUUUAUUUGCCUUUAUAUUUUACAAUAAUUUAGCAACAAGGAACUACAAUUAAGAGAACCUGUCAAUAAUUUAAUAUCAUUAAUUGGACUUUAUCAUGGGUCAGACGCUGUCGGAGCCGGUGACCACCAAAGACUCCGCACGCUGCUCAAACGCAUUCUAUGACGUUGGUAGCAGCUGCAUGCAGGGUUGGCGCAUUGAAAUGGAAGAUGCCCAUACACAUAUUCUAUCGCUACCAGAUGAUCCUGGCACGGCUUUCUUUGCCGUAUACGAUGGACAUGGCGGAGCUGCAGUCGCCAAGUUUGCUGGCAAGCAUCUACAUAAAUUUAUUACCAAGCGGCCAGAGUACUACAGCUCUGUGGAACUGGCAUUGAAGCGCGCUUUCCUCGACUUUGAUAGGGAGAUGCUGCACAACGGCAGCUGGAGCGAGCAGAUGGCCGGGUCAACAGCUGUUGUGGUCCUGAUUAAGGACAAGCGUCUCUACUGCGCCAAUGCGGGUGACUCACGUGCUAUUGCCAGCGUGCGUGGCAAGGUGCAGCCCCUCUCCAUCGAUCACAAGCCCAGCAACGAGACUGAGGUGCAACGCAUUCUGGCCGGUGGCGGCCGAGUGGAGAAUAAUCGCGUCAAUGGCAAUCUGGCACUAUCGCGGGCUCUUGGGGACUUUAUGUACAAGCGAAAUAGCAGCAAGAAGCCUGAGGAGCAGAUAGUCACUGCCGAUCCGGACGUCAAGGUCUGUGACAUCAAUGAAGACUGGGAGUUCGUUGUGCUCGCCUGUGAUGGGAUUUGGGAUGUGAUGACCAGCGCUCAAGUCGCCGACUUUGUGCGUCAUCGCAUUGCCUCUGGCAUGCCCGCAGACCAGAUAUGCGAGCAUCUCAUGAACUACUGUCUGGCUCCUAAUGCCUACAACUAUGGUCUCGGGGGCGACAACAUGACUGUCAUCUUGGUCUGUUUCAUACACAACAAGCCCUACGACGAUCUAGUCGUUCGUUGUGGAGGCACUAGGAACACCUCCAUUGAAUCUGGUGUGGGCGACUCAAGUGCUUUUAAGAGCCCCUUGACAAGUUCCUCUGUGAGCAUGUGCAACCUGGAGAGAAAUUAAGGGUCAAGGACUUGGAUAUAUUUUUUUCGAAAAUGUUUUUUUUUUUCAUAUUUGGCAAGCUGUUUCUGUUUCAAAUCCAAUUGCUAACCGACCGUAUGAAGACAAAUCUUAAUUAACCACGAUCCUAAAAGUCUCUUAAUAAGAGAAGGGAGAGCAUUAAAUUUAAAGUCGGCCUUGUUCACGUCUUAACCUAUUCACAAGUUUUGAAAUAAACUAAAAAUAAUAAAAGCGUUCACAAGCUCAAUGAACUGUUCAAAUUAA